GGUGCUGACACUGGAGACUCCUUCCAUAAAUGUUAAAUAAAUUCCAGAAAAUGUCACCACAUCAUUGAUUACACACACUUUAUAAUCAGUUUAUCAUCAGUCCGCUGUACACUCCCCAGUGAGCGAGCCGUUACUAUAGAAACCGUAACAUAUCGGGAUGAGCGCGUUCAUUAUAUAUAAACCUGCACUACUGUCAAAUCUGCUGUUAUAGAAAACUAAUCAGCACCUUCUGACCAAUCAGAGCACAGAGCUCAGCAGCAUCAUGCAACAAGCAUGUUUAUCAUUCUUAUCACGCAAACAUUAAACAUUACAGAUAUUGGUGAUAAAAUGUCAGAUUCUUUAAAUGAUGUAUUUAUUGUCGUGUGUGUGUUCAUUUAAUGAUGUUACAUUUCUGUCUUAAACCUCUUCAAAUAUGCUAAUUAUUUAGGAUAAUGAUUCGGCAACCUACAGAACCAGCUUCUCAAGCUAGCUAGACAGCUAAUUCGGCUAAUGUUAGUGAUGAACAGGUGUUGGUUGUCAUGGUAACACUGCAAUAUUUUCAGGCGGAUGAGGAUACUGAAAUCCCUCGGUCUAACGUGAACUAGUUUGAACUUAAAAGGGAUGGCAGGAGCACAUUGGGGUGUUUCCAAAUUUGCAUACUCAUGCAUAUUUCUAGCUCUGGGUGUUUAUAAUGAGGCUGAAGGUGUAGAGAUGUAACUAGGAUUUUUUGUUGUUGUUGUUUCUUGUGUAUUAAAAGAUGCGUAUUAAAGAUGUAAUUCUACAGUACACACAUCAAACUUGACACCUUCAGGUGGAUUUUAAAACUACAGUCAUGAUGCUAACAUCACAUGCUAAUUUGCAAAAGCUGCUUUUCAGCAGUGGGAAACCAUGUUUCAGAAGACAACCGUUAUUUGUACAGACAUGUUGCAUAAACAGAGACUGUUUUAAGGGAACUUCCCAGAAGACGGCUGUGAAUAAAGAAGAGUGUGUGUGUGUGUGUGUGUGUGUGUGUGUGUGUGUGUGUGUGUGUGGUUUGUGUCAGAUUUGAGAAGUUUCAAAACUUCCUGUUUUUGCACCUGAUCUCUAAAGUGAGAACAGGAAGCAGAGCAGGAGCUGAAAACAUCAGCGCUCGUAACACGCUGUAACGCUCGGUGCACUCAGUCAGAGCCGUGGUGCACAGAGUGAAGGAACCAUGAGCGACUCUGUGGAGAAAAGCUCAGACUCUCCUGCACAGAUGGAAAGUACUGGAGCUGGUGGACUGACGAACACCCCUCUUCAGGAGAGGCUGGAUGACGAGAGUGUGAUCUUUAACGACACGAGUCUCUCGGCACAGAUCCACGCUGAGCUCCAGGGUCUGCGUCUGGACCACUGCCUCACCGACGUGGUCCUCAGCGUCCAGGAUGAGAAGUUCUCCUGCCACAGAGCUGUCCUCGCCGCCGCCAGCUUGUACUUCAGAGCAAUGUUCUGUACGGACCUGCGAGAGAAACAUGAACAGUGUGUGAACAUUCAGGGAAUCGAUGCAGAGGACAUGAAGAUACUGCUGGACUACACAUACACUAGCAAAGUGCACAUCACCAAAGACAACGUCCAGAAAACUCUAGAGGCAGCCAGUCUCUUCCAGUUCCCGCGAGUGAUGCAGGCAUGCGCUCGUUUCCUGGCCGAGUCACUUUACCCAGAGAACUGUGUUGGGGUUCUGCGUCUGGCCGACACACACUCGCUGGUGGAGCUGAAGGCUCGUGUGCAUGAGUACAUCGUGCAGAACUUUGGGAAUGUGGUGGAGCACGAGGAGGUGCUGGAGCUGCCGCUGGACGUGCUGGUGGAGCUGCUGCAGAGAGACGAGCUGGCUGUGAACGAUGAGGAGUGUGUGUACGAGGCGGCCAUGCGCUGGGUAAAGGCGCGUCACGCAGAGCGCCUGCCCUCACUGGCCCAGGUUCUCGCUCAUGUGAGACUCCCGCUGCUAGAACCCUGCUACUUCCUGGAGAAGGUGGAGAGCGACGCCAUGAUCCGCUCCUGCACUGAGAUUUUCCCGCUUCUACAGGAGGCUCGUGCUUAUCACCUGUCCGGGAGCGAGGUGAUUUCAGAGCGCACUAAGCCCCGCCUCCAUCAGUACCAGUCGGAGGUGUUUGUGAUCAUCGGCGGCUGCACUAAAGAUGAGAAGUUUGUUUCGGAGGUGACAUGUCUGGACCCCCUGCGCCGCAGUCGCCUGGAGGUGGCCAAACUGCCCGGCACCGACGCAGAGUCUGAGUGCGACACCAGGAAGUGGGUGGAGUUUGCCUGCGUCACCUUCCGAAAUGAAGUUUACCUCUCAGGUGGUAAAGAGACGCAGCACGACGUGUGGAAGUACAACGCUUCGCUCAACAAGUGGAUCCAGGUGGAGUACCUGAGCACGGGGCGCUGGAGACACAAGAUGGCUGUGUUGGGGGGGAAGGUUUAUGUGAUGGGGGGAUUCGACGGUGGUCAGAGACUCAGCAGUGUGGAGGCCUACGACCCCUUUCACAACAGCUGGACAGAGGCUGCUCCUCUGCUAAUCGCCGUCAGCUCCUUUUCUGCCGCUAGUUACGGAAACUGCGUGUACGUCAUCGGCGGUGGACCGAAUGGGAAACUGGCCACCAACAGCCUGCAGUGUUACCAUGCAGCAGCCAAUAAGUGGACAUUAAAAAGCCCCAUGCCCAUCGAAGCCAAGUGCACCAAUGCUGUAACCUUCAGAGACUCCAUCUACGUCGUGGGCGGGGCAAUGAAGGCGUUGUUCAGCUACAGUCCUGGCGUGGACGUGUGGACGUUGGUCACACAGCUGGGCAGUGAGCGGGCGAGUUGUGGGCUCUCGGCGUGCUGUAAUAAACUCUUCAUCACUGGUGGGAGGGACGACAAGAACGGCGUCAUCGCUACGGUUCUUUGUUGGGACCCGGACAAGAACACGCUGACGGAGGAGUGCGUGCUGCCCCGCGGUGUCUCGCACCAUGGCAGUGUGACGCUCAGGAAGUCCUACACACACAUCCGCAGGAUCGCACCCACACCCACCGAGUGACAUCAUCAUCAUCAUCAUCAUCAUCACCGCCACGUUUACACAGGAGAACCGACCAAGAACCCAAAAACACGGCACAGCUCUGACUCUCAGUGAGAAACAUUUUAUUAAAAGAUUAUAAAGAUACAAACUUGAUGGAAAAAGUGAGGAAGUGUGUAGGACAGAGCGCAGAAAUCCAGCUGUGCUCCAUCAUCACACGUGCACAUGUUGCUCACACACACGUUUUUCCCUGAUACACUCACAUCCAUAAUUCAAGUCUGACGGGACGUGUUUCAGCUCUUCAAUGUGAAGCUCGCUAGUGAAUAAGAAACACCUCCUGCUUUCCCAGCAUGCCCAUGCGACAGGAAGUCGCAUAUGUGGAUAGUCCCAAAUCUAGAACCAGAGCUCCACCCACUGGAAGCCUCAUGUCAAGGCUGAAAGGAUUCGGAUUGGCUAUGUGCAACAACCAAUGAAAAUGCACAAGAGGCGGAGUUACGUAUUCGUUACAUGUGACCAGCGUAACGUUGGGCCUUUGUUCACACUUUGUUUUGGUGUCUCUAGCUGUAGCUAAAGCACGCAGCUAAAUGUUAGCUAGAUAAAUAGCUAGCACGAGCAGUAGCAACAGCAAUAUGUUUGUUCUGUUCUAAACCCCGCCUCCUGUACAUUCUUACCGGUUUGCUGACACAAGCAAUCAGAAUCCUCUGAGACGGGAAGGUCACCUGCUGUGGCGAGAAUGUGAGGAACGUGUUCUGCUCUCGUCUUUACGCCUGUAAUCACGUGACCUUCCGCGAUCAUGUGACCGCUCCUGCUCUCUUCUCUCCCGGUGCUCGCUUUUGCUUUUGCGUUUCCCGUCGUCGCGGUGACGACCCCGUGAGUCACUGAGGGAGCGGGAGCGUCUCCGUCUGUCUGCGUGGCGACUCUGAUCUCUCUUACUUCGGUGUUGCCGCGGCGACGGGCUGGGGCUGCUGGGAGAGCUGUAGGUUCCUGAGUGACUCUGCCUAAGGAGGAAAAAACAUGUCACGCAUUAAUGACUGACAGUAACCACACCCACUCUCAGGUCUCCAUGGUAACGGACUCACCGUGUGUGCGGAGAGGGGGAUGGAGAGCGCCCCCUGGAGGCAGUGUGGCCAUUCUGUACUACUCCACCCUCCUCCUUCUUUACUCUGAAGGAAAACGCGCACGCACACACACAUACACAAUUACCUUCUAUACAGUAAAACUCUAAAUCCUGGCCACACACACACGCACCUGGUCAUUGGGCUUUUGGAGUUCAGGUGCCGCUCCUCUCUCUCCUCACCGUUUUCUUCAGUUUUCACUUCCUUUGGAGAACCUGAGCAGAGAACCUCUGUUAAUUUUACACACACACACACACACACACACACACACACACACACACACCCCAGAUGUAGCAAACACACACACCAGGUUUAGAAGCAGGAGAGAAGGUGGUGUUGGGUUUGAGAGCCGGAGUGAUGCUGUAGUUCACACCCUUCACCUUCAGUUUCUCCUCCUCCAGAAACACCUUCCUCUUCUCCACCUCCUUCUCCAACUGUGCAAUGUCCGGCUGUGAGACAGACAGACACACACACACACACACACACACACACACACACACACACACACACACACGAGAAAGAUCAUCUUUCAGUGUGCAGAAACACUGCAUCAGUAAUUUAAUAAAGUGUGUUCUGCACUGUAGAAUGUGUAUUUUAUCUUCUAGAACAGUGUGUGUACAGUUGCUGAACAACUGGAUCCUGUGUGUAUGUUCGUUCACACUAGCGAGAGACAAAGCAGCAGGAGAUCGUUCAUUUUCUCCUUCUCUUCAAGUUAAAAAGGUCAAACUCCGCCCCUAACGAUCUGCUCUUUAUGAAGUAACAGCACGACAACACUGAUGAAUUUCACAAAAAUCUGCUAAUGUGCAAAAGUAUUCACACCCUCUUACGUGUUCAACACGCAAUACACGCUGAUCAGUGUUAGAGAGGCCAUGUGUGGGCCCCACCCCCAGGCUAAAGUGUGUGAAAGUAUUAGCAAAUUAGUAUCGUACCUUCCUCAUGGAGUACAGUUUCAGCGUGCUGAUGCAGAUGUCCCUGAUCUCCGACUCCGAUGCUCCGAACAGGAGGAACCAGUGCGGGUUGGUGGGGAGAGGAAUCUGAGUGCGCGCACACACACACACACACCAGGACUCAGUUUAAUUAGUCUCUUCUGUACUGAACGACGGGAAAUGAACCACAGGGGGCGAGGUUUGUAAACAAGAAGUAGUGGUGUGUGCGCGCUCACCUGUAGAGCCCGAGCAGCCAGGUAGAUACAGGCACACGCAAUGGUCUCCGGUUCAAACCUCACAAACACAUCGGUCCUGAGCGCAUCGUUCAUAUAGUUCCUGUAAAACACCACCAACACACUCCUGAACAUGCUGUACAGUGGACUUGUGCGAUAUAAAAUCAUUCCAUGUUAACUGCUGCUGCCUGGAAGCCCCGCCCCCUUCCCCCUCCCCCAUUACUGCAGCAUGACCUAAAACCCCAGCAUGGUGAUGGUGUUAGGAUAAAGUGCAGAGCUACAAAGCGUGUAUUAACCCGUUAUAACCUGAGUGCGGUGUUAAUAAAGCUGUAAUUACACAUAACUUCACCCACCAGGCCGUCUGCACCAGGAUCUGAUUCUUCUCACACUCCAGCACCUGCAGAUACAUCACGAUCAUCUACACACACACACACACACACACACACACACAGACAGACACACACACACACACACCAACAUGUAUCCGAACCUGGAGCAGUACGGAAGGUUCCGGCUGUGUGAUCCGGUUGUGCAGCGAAUUAAUCUGGUCUCUGCAAUGUGACUUUACCUUGUGCGGGUGUUUAACGUGGACGCAGAAGCCAAGCUCCUUCAGCACCCGCCGCUCUGCUUUAAUCACCUGGUUUUUGGUGUUGAUGUAAUUCUGAUCCAGGAACAGUGGAAUAUUUCUGUCACACACACACACACACACACACACACACACACACACACACAAACUAACUAAUCCCUCAGUGUUCACAGUGACACGACCCCUGAGCGGAGCGUGAUGAUGAUGAUUAUGAUGGAGUUACCUCUUUCCUCCUCCCUGCUUCAGGUGAUGGAACACGUUGAUGACGUCACGCACCCUCCUCGGAGACUCCUCGAUCUUAGAGGCUAGAUUCACACACGCCAUGGCCACGAUCUGACACACACACAAGUUUAUUCACCUCAGGUUCAGUACCACAGUGUGUUAGAGCUAUGACGUCACGGCAGGGUCUUGUUUACCUCAAAGUUGUGUUUUAUGAAAGAUUUGGAGUAAAAGAACCGCUGAAAGAGGACCUGUCCCGUCGCCAUAGCAACCUGGCAAAUAUAGAUAAACCGGAUGUGAGAUGUUUUAUCUAUAACUGUAAGUGUUUUAAACCUAAAAAUCUGCACACCGAAAUAAACAAGACAAUGAUGAUAAUAAUAAUAGUAAAAAAGAAAAAAUAACAGCAAACGUUGGCACAAAAUCACGUGAUUAACGGGAAACUGGACAUUAAUGUUUAAAAAUAAUAACAAAGCCAGAUUAGCUCAUGCCAGCGAUGCUAGUUAGCAGUUAUUUAUAUAAAGAUGUUUUACAAAGACUUAUAAAGUUUUAUGAAGUUAAAUUAGACUAAAGCUGUGACCUGUGGGAGUCUCAAGAGGAUCCCCGCGGACUGGAUGAAUUCACAACCCAGGAUCCUGAACUCGGUCUCGGUGUGGAGCUCCAGCCCGUCCCGCAUGGACGGAGUAUCCGAGCGCUUCUCCUCCGGCACCAGAGAGCUGUCUAUGGCCAACAAAACUCCCGAAUAAACCGCAUCUCCGAUCACAAUCCCCGCGGUACCGCCCGGAGCCUGAGCCGACACACUUGGGGAUAAAACACCCGACAUUUUAUAAUCUCAGUGUAGAAUACACAAUAAACUUUAAUAAAAAAAAUAAAUAAAAUAAAAAAAAAAA